UCCGUCGACGAGGAGGAGAAACAGGAGUACACCAAAUUCUUGGAGGUCCUGCGUGCGAUAAAGACAGAGGCAGACGAGGCCGCGAAAUCCCGCCUGGACUUGGAGAAAUCUUUCGAGCUGCCGGCAGAGUUCAAGAGUGAGUCCCAAGGCCGCACGGGCCAAAUGAGCUCCUCUAGCAACCGGGACUUUGUAGAUAUGCUUCACCAAAAACUCACAAUGGACCGCCUAGUAGGCGGCCUGGCCCCGCAAACCGGUCUCAAUGCUUUCGCGGAAUGCGAGAAGGCGCUGGAGCAAUGGCGAUGGAGUAUCUACGCCCAGCUUCCAGGCGAGUUCGCCGAGUCCGGCAAGUGGAUGCGCAGUGCUGAGCAGUGGAUCUCACGGGUUGACACAGAGUGGAAAACGGAUGCCAAGGAGAGUUCUCUCAAAGGCACCAUUCCGAACCCCGCGGAGGCAAAUGUCCUCAGUGAACUUUCAAAGGGGCUCCACGCUUAUUUCGGUCCUGACUGCGCCAAGGCCAGGGCUGCAGCCGACCGCCUCAACAAACUGGUCGUCCAAAAGGGCGCGGACAAGCGCAGCACCCAGCUUCCGCAGAAGUUGCUCGAACUUCUGCGCCAACGCAUGUCCGCCAUCGUAGCGCGAACAGGCGGUUAUGUGGCCACUGUGCACACGGCCUCUGAACGACGCGACUUCAUCGACCUCAUGGAGGGACCAAAGGCGCGG